GACGGACCCCUCUACGCAUCAUCGCGGGGUGGGAGAUGUCAACCUCGAGACCGAUGACAUUCUGACAAGGGCUACAGGCUUCAGGUUGAAUGCGACAGAGGAGUCAAGGCCUGCUUUCUCAGCACCGACUCGAUCAUCUGCUAUAUCUAUACAACUCAAAAAAGACAUCCUCGCCAUGUCACGGGAAACCAACCAGCCUUGUCCGACUUUGUACGUCAACAACAUCGAAUCCAAGAUCAAGAAGAUCGAACUAAGGAAACAGCUUUAUGCCCUCUUCACGCCUUAUGGAAAAGUCAUCGACGUCGUAGCUAAAAAGGGAGACCAUGCACGAGGUCAGGCGUUCAUCGUCUUUGCGGAUCAGACGAGCGCGACGACGGCCAUGAGGGCGUUAGUCGGGGAAGAGUUUUACGGUCGACCGUUGCGAAUCGACUAUGCCAAAUCCCAGUCCCGAGCCACCCUCCGUCAACAAGACCCGUCCCUAGACGACCCCGAAUCAGCGUCCAACAAGUCGAUGAAGAAGAAGAACCAGAUCGUCACCGCCUCCCGGGCCGAGCAAGAAUAUACCGAGCUGGAACAACAGAGGCAGGAGGAGGAGGAAGGCAAGGGGAAGAGGGAGAGGGAUGGGGAGGCCGAUGGCGAGGGCGAUGGAGAGGAGGUUGGUGGGGACCGGAAGAGGAGAAAGGUGGACAAUGACGAGGAUGAGGACGAGGAGAUGGAGAUGGACGAGGACGAUGAGGACAAGCAAGCCGAGGCACCGCAGCGCAACGCACCUAGCGUGCCGACAGUCCUUUUGGCUUCAAACUUGCCUCAGGAGACUACACAAGAAGCUCUCGCCAACCUGUUCGAACAAUACGCGGGCUACCAAAACAUCACCUUACUCCCAGCCGGUUCUACACCGACGAAAUCCGCCUCGGUGUUGUUCAGCUCGCUGCAACAGGCCGAGUCGGUACAAAAGGCCUUGGACGGGUUCAAGCUCAAGCCCGACUGGGCGAUGGGGGUUGUGGUCGUGCCGGUCGAUGCACUCGCUUGAAGGCGAGAAUGACAAGGGAGAUGAUGAGCUGUAGAUGAGUAACGUGAUGUAUGCAACUAAUAUGCAGCGUGUAUGCUCGCAGGCCCGGAGUUCGCCGGGACGAUAAAGACUCAGAUGAACGGGCCCAGUCUACGUUGAUCUUCAUGGGCGAUCUUUGACACUUACUCUCCUCCAACGCUGGUGAUCAGAGCGUAGCCGUCUUCGCCGGCUAUCUGAUCAUCCACCGUAAAGCGGUAACUUUGGCAGUAGCGCAGUAGUGGGAUGUGGAUGUCAACGUAGUAUGCGGCCUGCGGACGGACAAGCAGAGCUAUUCUCAUGUCCGCUCACAGCAGACCAGAGCGUCUAUCAACCAG